AUGAAACCAAAUCAAGCAGGAAAUAAAACCUUAAUCGAUGAAAAGAUUCAGGACUAUUUUAGUGCUAUCCCUUCUCAUAUCUAUUCUCAUUAUUCAAAAUUAACACAACACAAUCCGAAUAAUUCAGAUUAUAUUGAUACUUCACUUUUCAUAUCAAGAAAUAUAUCUUCGCAACCAAAUGACGAAGAAUUAUCUAAAAAUGCUAUAUGUCAGC